GAAAUGAGAAGGUUGCAACAAUAUGGCCGACGAGAAGGGAAAUGACAACACUAUCUCGAAUGGAGAUCUAAAUGGUGAUCCGAAGAAUGAGGAUGAGAUCGAAAACUGCGAUGAGAAUGAAUACUCUGCCAUCAAUGACGAAUUAGACAGCUUGAAUAGCUGCUUGGAUGAAUUAGAAAACUGGAAUGAUUCCUUAGUUUCACGAAUGAGGGAAUUUCUGGAAARUAUGCAGAAAUCAAGACAACAGGCGAGCAGUAUAAGCUUAAAUGACAGUACAAAUGAAACCUCUGAGAGCAAGAUGAUCCAAGAUGGAGAUCGAUAAAUAUUCGUAUCUUACGCAUUUGUUUAAUAUUUUUGUUAUCUAUUUGAUUAUUUUUAUUUUUAAAAGCUUAAGCUUAAUGCUUAUGUUGGGAAAAAAAUGAGAGAGGGACUCAAUUUCAGAAUGAAUUAGAGACAAAUGUAAGAACAAGCUUAUGGUAAAUAUCGCAUUUUAUGACAACUGUAAAAAUAUAUGAAAUCAGUAAAUAAAGAAACAUGCAAAAAAGUA